GGAAGCGAGGAGGACUGUUCCAUCAUACCUGUUUGGGAAAUAAUGGAGGACCGUAGCCAAGAAGGUCCGUGAUAUCAAAAUUCAUCUCGCUGCGCUCAUCGUUGUAAAUUUCUCACCGUGUCGCGUUAGCACUCUUGAAACGUACGUUUUCGACGUUCCUUCGGAAUUCUUUCUAAAUUCUAAUUCUCGCAUCAAGAAGCAGCUCGCAGAAUCAUGUCUGCUAUCUUCGAAGAGCAGAAUGCGCGAUGUCGCGCGUGACCUUGUCGGGAAUUAUUAAAUAGCCACUGUGUGGACGAAAUUGCGAAGUAAUGAUCAACGACACGCGGCCGAGGCUGGCGACCACCAUCGCGGGUUACAGUCAGGCGAAUCGCACGUGUAAUCGUCGGCAUAUGUCUGCACGUAACAACGGCAGUUUGUUACUUCGGAUCAUCCUGAUUUGUUACUGCGUCACGGCGAUAUGCGGUUCCAAGACCAGCAUGUUGUAUGGAACUAUUAAAGAUAUUCAGACGGUCCUACCGUCAAAACACUCACCUCACUAUCCGCAAAUAGGCUAUUGCGAUCUCGACACGGAUUGCGACUGGUCCUGGAAUGAUACCCAUGGUUUUAAGAAAGUCAAAGCGCAAGCCACUCAGUCAAGUACCUACCCGAUCACCGACGCCGAUAAUUCUUCAAACGGCCACUUUCUGUGGUUCAACCAGAUAGGAGACGUUCAAAUAUGGUCCAAAUGGAUUCCUCGUACGGGUCCGCGUUGCCGCCUCGAAUUUUCACUUUAUAUGGUGGAAAUGGAAAACGGAUUCAUAAACCUCGUUAUACAAACUAACAACAUGAGCUCCAUCGCAGUGACAAAAAGCGGAAAUAAUACCUCCAUGUGGAAGACAAUGAGUUUUUCAUUACGCGCGAUCGGUCAAUCCUAUAAAUUAAUUUUAGAGUUCUAUAUACCCUAUAUUAAUUCGAGCCUCGGUCUGGACAACCUUCGUUUCGUUAAUUGCUUUCCAGAAUCCACUGGAUAUUGUACUAAAGAUAUGUUUCGGUGUAGCAACGGUUCUUGCUUGAAUAAGACCCGCAUCUGCGAUUUCACGGAAGAUUGCGCCGAUGGCGAGGAUGAACUCGAGUGCGAUGAGAUUCCAAUGAACGCGAGGUGUAAUUUCGAAGAUGGUUGGUGCGGAUGGACAAACGUUCCUGGAAGACCUCUAAAUUGGACUCUUCAUAGAGGUCCCACGCCGACCGAAAGAACUGGACCCAGUUAUGAUCAUACUUAUCACAAUGAAACCGGAACGUACGCGUUUGUGAACAUGGCUUCUAAAUAUACGCAAAUCCUAUAUGGCAGUCGAGGCACCAUCACAAGUUCUCUGUACAAUCCGACUCCUCCUUACAGCAGCAACCCUAAAAGCCCUUAUUAUCGAUCAUGUCAAAUACGAUUUUUCUAUCAUAAAUAUGGUCCACAUGCCGCAUCUCUUGGGCUCUUUUUGGUCCUAGUAAAACCAUACGGUAAUCAUACCGAAAACUUGUGGUGGUCCUAUGGAACCGAUACCGAUAAUUGGCAUAAGGAAGCUAUUGCUCUACCUGAUAUAAAAUAUAGGUACCACUUGCAGUUUGAAGCAUCCAAAGGGUAUUCUGCAAAAAGUGAUAUAGCAAUUGACGAUAUUUCUCUGAGUCCAGAAUGUUUUGGCAUUGGAGUUCCGCAGGAAGUUGUAGGUGAUUUUAAUUAUUACAAACCCGUUAUCGAGUUCGAAAAGUUGCCACUGCAGCAUCCAGAUUUUGUAAAUGAGACAGUUAUCCGAAUUACAACUUGCGGGGCUUCUGGCAACACUGGUCCUACAGACAAAAAAUGUACUGAAAAAUAUAAUAAUACAAAUGUAGAAUUGUUCAUACCGCCAACGACACAGGAGGAGGAAAAAUCGGCCUUUAAUUUGCAUGGAGUCCAACGGUGGACUGCACCACGCGGUGAAUACUACACUUUAAUCGCUAUCGGAGCACGAGGAGGAAAGGGUUCAGGCGAUACUGGCAUCACGUUGGGUGCAAUUGUUCGCGGUGUCAUAGAACUCCAGAAGGGUGACCAGUUGUACUUCAUGGUUGGUCAAGAGGGAGUGGAUGCCUGUGCCAAAAGCCUUGGUUUAAAAACAACUACCUGUGAAUCGGAAAUCGUAGUACCACAGCAGACAGCAACGAAAGUGCGAGAAGUGAAAAAGCUCCAAUUUAAGAAUCCUGGUGGCGGCGGCGGUGGUGCUACUGCCAUUUUCACAUUGAAAGCAAACGGCGAUUUGGAGCCCAUCUUAAUUGCGGGUGGUGGUGGUGGUUUAGGAUUAAAUCCUUCUAUGGACAAUGGAUUACAGCAUGGACGCGGUUCCUUUCCCGUGGGUAGAUUUUCAUCUUUUCCGUCCAAUUUUACAGAUCGCAGGGGUGGAGCCGGUGCUAGUUGGAAUGGUACAUGGCCUAAUUUUCAACGGAAGGCUUGGGGAACGCCAUUAAUUUAUGGAGGUAAAGGAGGUAUCGGUUGUGAAUCCAAAGAUAUAAGUUAUGGUGAUGGAGGCUUUGGCGGAGGUGGGGGCGGUUGUCAAUCAGGUGGUGGUGGUGGAGGUUACAUUGGUGGAAAUCCUGGAAAGAAUGAUGGAAGUGGUGAGGGUGGUUAUUCAUACGCCAGUCCGAAGCUCACCAAUAUUUAUUUCAAAGCUGCAGCUCAUUCUGGCCAAGGCGAAGUCUUCGUUAUACCCGCGAUCAGCGGUUGCGGUUGCGAUUAUCGAUGUGUUGCGCUAGAUGAGUAUUUAAGCGAGACCAAGUGUCUGUGUCCUCAGGGUUGGUUGCUGAGUAACGACUCCAAAUCCUGCAUUAUGGCUGACGAUUCCAAGGAUAGUCAUCAAACGUGGUACAUAAUCCAACUUAUGAUUGUAAUCAUUUGCUUCCUCACUGUUACUGGAGUUUGUUUAAUAAUUUAUAAACGAUAUCGAAAACAAAAAGCGCUUACCCAUCGCCGCCAAGUGAUGUUUGGCAAUGGUACUGAAUUAGCUGCAUUGCGUCCAGGACAUCAGUCGGACACAAUAAUGACCGAAUACAACCCCAACUACGAGUUUGCUGGCAAUCUCUAUAGCUUGAAGGAUUUAUCGCAAAUACCUCGCGAUUGUAUUGAUUUAGUAAAACCUGUCGGCCAAGGCGCCUUUGGCGAAGUUUACCAGGGCGUUUACAAAUACAGAGGUGACGAACACCCUGUCGCCGUCAAAACGCUACCAUCUUUAUCCACGACGCAAGCCGAAGCUGAUUUCAUGAUGGAGGCAUUAAUAAUGAGCAAAUUUAAUCACCCGAAUAUAGUGCACUUUAUCGGCGUCUCUUUCGAUAAACAUCCGAGAUACAUCGUUCUCGAAUUAUUAGCUGGAGGUGAUCUUAAGAAUUUUCUACGUGAAGAACGGCCUCGAUCAGACCGACCUACAUCACUGACAAUGCUAGAUCUUGUUAUGUGCGGUUAUGAUGUCGCGAACGGCUGUAAAUAUAUGGAGGAAUCGCGUUUUAUACACCGAGAUAUUGCCGCUAGGAAUUGUUUGUUGACAACUAAAGCACCGGGACGUACCGUUAAAAUUGCAGACUUUGGCAUGGCCAGGGACAUUUAUCGAAGUGAUUAUUAUAAAAAAGGUGGCAAGGCGAUGCUACCUAUAAAGUGGAUGCCACCCGAAAGUUUCUUGGACGGCAUAUUCACUACAAAAACCGAUGUCUGGGCCUUUGGCGUGCUCCUGUGGGAAAUUAUGUCAUUUGGAUAUAUGCCCUACACCGGGUGUGCAAAUCGUGAAGUGAUGACGAUGGUACAGUACGGUGGUCGUCUUGAGAAACCCGCGGGAUGCCCAGAUCCUAUAUAUGGAAUCAUGACGCGGUGCUGGCUUCCGCAGCCUGACGACAGGCCAAGUUUCUCUACUAUUGCUGAAAGAAUCGGUUAUUGUUUGCAAGAUCCUGAUGUAACGAAUCAUCCCAUGCCUAAUUUCGACAUAUUACCAAUCUGCGAUCGUGAAAUAACGGUUAUGAGACCGGAUCCAGAAGCAGAAUGCAUUAAUAUGCGGUCUAAUUCGGAUGGUGGUUACAUACAACCGAGGGUCACCAAUCCGCGAUCCGUUGCAUAUCGUGUGAAUCAAGCUAUGGGUGGAAUCGCCUACGAUUCUGAAAAUGAAAAAUCGAUUGAGGAUUGCAAAUUGUACAGCGAGUCUUACACGAGAUCAACGGGAUGUCAACAAGGAAUCAAUUGCAACACCUAUAAUGACUCUGGUAUGGAUUUUGACCAAAUUUACAAUAGUGACAACGAUCACGAUGAAGAAGAUCUUGAUGACGAUGUGAUCGAAAAUUGUAAGGACAAAUAUAGGAUCGACCAAUUGGAUCACCAAGAAAGCAGGGCAAUACAUCGAACUAGUGUCAUCGAAAACCACGAUAACGUAGACAAUGGCAACAACCGUCCAGAGGAUGAAUGUCAUAUGACUGCCAACAUCGAUAGCGCAAUAACAGAUCGCAGAAACGGUAAUGAGAGCACAACGACUACCGACACCAAUUCCGACUCUCUGAUAGUGCAAUCCUCGGACACUCCGCCCGAUACAAUAACGAACUCAUCACCCAACACGCGCUCUUGUUCGCCAAGUCGUGUCAUCGGCCUCAACGCCAACGUUAGUAAUGUGAACGGUAUAGUGAAGAAGAACACCCUGAAGGCAACUCUGAGUCUGGACCCGAGCGCGCUCUGCAGAGGCACCAUCCCCUACGAGAAGAUCACAACGCGAACGCAACGCUCGAGUACGCCGGGCAGUAUGGAACUAAGGAAGGACUCCCUGGGUCACGAGCUGCCAAGGGAGGAAGAGUGUUCCUGCUGAGAUUUGUCCGAGGGGGGUUGACGAGGCUGCCCGGCCGCGUUCGGCUGCAACGUUGCUCGCCGAUUGCAGCUGCAACGAUCGGCCACAACGACUGCGAUUAUGAGGAACACGCAGCUCGUAGAACUCUCCUCGUCUCCGUGGACUCAGGACAACGAAUACUCGCGUCGUUACUAUUCCGAGGAAACUCUCUUGUGAAUUGGAAUCGGGGAAAACCGCGAAUUUCUCUUCACAGGCGACUUUUUUUGAUGCGCGCCGAAUACUGGUUUCCAUAAGAAAGACACGCGAUUAUCGUAAGUCGGAAGAAGAGAGAUUGUUACAAUGAAUGCAAAACAAGCGAGUUAUGUAUGUACAUACGGAGGAGACGAAAAAUACAAAAUACGUAAACAUGUAU